AUGUCACAAAAAAUUUUGGGAUUAGCUGCUUUGGCUUGGCAUAGCCUUGCUGACCCGAAUGCAACAGUAAGAAGAGAUGGUGUGGGUACUGGUCAAUUACAUCGUCAAGCAUUCCCAAAAUUAGUCGACAAACCAUUUUGGAAUAGUCCGGUGUAUCAAGAUAAAACUUCAAAUAUUUCGACUCCUAAACCAUAUCAAAAUCCAUCAGAACAGCAAAUUCAAGGAAAUUCAACACCGGAAUGGGACCAAGAAAGAAAGAAUAACAAACAGGUGAAAGGAGAAGAAGAGGAAGGAAAUCUUUUCGAUAAGAAAAAAACCGAAGAAAGUUCAGGAAGGAAACAAGAACGUGAAGAACAACAUCCACAACGAAUUCAUUUGGAUAAAAAAAAUGAGGAAGAAAUGGGAAAACUUAUUUUAAUUAUUCAUAUUGAAAUUGAAAAUGAUAAUGUUCAACAUAUUAAUGUUCAUGAAUACGACGAUCCAAUAAAGCUAGCAAAAAAAUUUUGCGAUUUAUGGAAAGUAGAACCUAAGGUGGAGAGAGCUUUGGUGCAAUUAAUUCAUGAUGAAAAAGCAAAAAGACCACCACCAAAAUACGCUCAUUCACAAGUUGAAUUAAAAAUUAGUUGUAAAAAUUUAAAAGACUUGGAUAUUCUUUCAAAAAGCGAUCCCCAAAUUAUAUUAUUAGUAAAAGAUGCCAAAACGCAGAAAUGGAGGCCAACACCUUUUAAAACUGAAGUUGUAAUGAACAACUUAAACCCAACGUUUGUAACUGGAAUUGUUGUUGAUUAUUUAUUUGAAGAAUUACAAGAAUUUAGAUUUAUAUGUGUGGAUGUUGAUAAACCAAAUGAUCCGGAUUGGGAAAAACAAGACUUUAUUGGCCAAUUUGAAUGUGAUUUAGGAUCAAUUGUUGGCAGUGAAGGGGGAAAGAUGAUGGGAAAUUUGACUUCGCCUAAACAUCGUGGUGAAAAACGUGGUGUCAUAAUUAUUUCGGCUGAAGAAGGGGGACUUUUUAAACCAAAACCAGCUAUAUUUUUGGUUGUCAGUAGAGCAAAUGAGGAUAAUACAUUCUCACCAGUUUAUGAAUCAGAUAUAGUUUCUUCUUCUAAUCCAUUCUGGCAAGAAUUUUACAUAAGAGAAUCUACUUUGUGUAACGGUGAUCUUGAUAGAGCAUUACUAUUACAAGUCAAACAGCACAGAAAGAGUGGAGAACAUGCACUUCUUGGAGAAUGUUCGGUUACACUUCGAGAGAUUUUGGGAGGAGGCAAAACAUUUCCAUUAAAACUUCCAUCCGGUUCACAGGGAAAAAUUUCAAAAGAUGCAAACAUAACAAUUAUUGAAGCUUUGGUGGAAGAACCUCCGAGUUUUUUGGAUUAUAUUGCAGGUGGCACAGAAAUUAAUCUUAUGGUAGCAAUUGAUUUUACAGGAUCAAAUGGUGAUCCUAGAAAUCAAAAAAGUUUACAUUAUAGUGGUGGAAGAGGAGAAAAUGAUUAUCAACGAGCAAUCAGGAAAGCAUAUGAUUAUGACAGAUUAUUUCCCGUUUAUGGAUUUGGAGCAAAAUUUAAUGGUGUAUUAUCUCAUGCUUAUCCUCUUAAUAAUAAUCAUCAGAAUCCAGAGGUCGAAGGUGUAGAAGGUAUACUGGAAGUAUAUUCACAAACAAUAAAUACUGUCGAGUUAUAUGGCCCGACUAAUUUUUCUCCAGUAUAUGGUGUGAUAACAGAUUUUGAUUCAACAAUUCGUUCUAUAGUUAAAGCAAGUUCACUUCCACUUUCAAUUGUCAUUGUUGGCGUUGGUAAUGCAGAUUUCUCACAUAUGAAUAGGCUUGAUGCUGAUGAUGUUCCAUUAACUUCUAAAAUUGAUGGUUCAAACAAAACAUCAUCUAAAACAACAGGAAGGGACAUAGUACAAUUUGUAGCUAUGAGGGAUUUUCAAGCAGAAGCAGCUACAUAUUUAUUACCAAAGGCAGUACUAGAAGAAAUACCAGAUCAAUUCAUGGACUACAUGAAUAAAAACAGGAUUCCACCAAAAUCAGCAAAACAAAGAAACAUGGAUGAACUACGAGUUAAUCCAAGAUUUAAUAUAACACCUGACGAACCACCACCAGCUUAUGCACGUGAUAUAACCAGCUAA